UCUCCAGCCAAUCGUGGCACGCCUUGACCUAUCUCCCCCUCUUAUUGGGUGAGCGGGAGUGCGACGAGACGGAUGUUGUCGUUUUCGCAAGGGGCCAAGCCGUCAAGAUGGCGGGUAGUGGCGGGGAGCUUGGAGGUGUAUUUGAUCACCAUGUCCAGAGGACUGUAUGCGACACGCGGGCCAAGUAUCGGGAGGGGCGACGGCCUCGUGCUGUCAAGGUAUAUACAAUCAAUUUGGAAUCUCGGUACUUGUUAAUACAAGGAGUUCCUGCAGUGGGAGCGAUGAAGGAAUUAGUUGAGCGUUUUGCUUUGUAUGGUGCAAUUGAACAAUAUAAUGCUCUAGAUGAAUACCCAGCAGACGACUUUACAGAAGUUUAUCUUAUUAAAUUUAUGAAUCUACAAAGUGCAAGGACAGCCAAGAGAAAAAUGGAUGAACAGAGUUUCUUUGGUGGACUGCUUCACGUGUGCUAUGCUCCAGAAUUUGAAACAGUUGAAGAAACUAGAAAAAAAUUACAGGAGAGGAAGGCUUAUAUAGCAAGAACUACUAAAAAUAAAGAUCAUUACGUGACAAAGAAGAAACUGGUUACGGAGCUUAAAAACACACAAGAUUUUAGACAGGACUUCCAUUCAGAGACCUCUGGAUGUGCAGCCACUUUGAACACUUCUACUGGCAACUCAGAUCCUUGUCUUCCUUAUUCUUGUGAAUUGCCUUUAUGUUAUUUUUCCUCGAAAUGUACAUGUUCAUCAGGGGAGCAUAUGGACAGGGCAUCAAACUUCUCUCAGGAUGGUAGAAACCAUGAAGAAACAUUGGAGCAUUGUAUGCACAGUGACUCUUUGCAGAAAAUACGGGUGAAACCGUUUAAAAAUUCAUCGGCCUGCCCUGGCGCACAGGCUAUUACUUCUUCAGAGGCAGUUGACAGAUUUAUGCCUAGGACAACACAACUGCAGGAGCGGAAAAGGAGAAGAGAAGAUGAUCGUAAAAUUGGAACUUUUCUUGGAACAAGCACGAGUAGUACUGAGGUUAUGAUUGGGCCUCUGUUACCAGACUUACCCAAAGUGGAUAUGCACGAUGACUCGUUGAACACGACAGCAAAUUUAAUUCGGAAUAAACUUAAAGAGGUAAUUUCAUCUACGCCAAAACCUCCAGAAGACAAGCUGGAAGAUGUACAUACAAGUCGUCCGUUAAAACAAAGAAGAAGAAUAUAGAUUGCCAGCAGCAAAUUAUAUUUUCUAAGGGACUAUUUAUCUUUUAUUUUUUAGCCUAUCAUUUUAAUUCUUUAAGAGAUUUUACUGCUGGUAUUU